UGAGCAGCGCGACACUCAGCGCGUGGUUUCACGAACCGCGCAGAAGAGCGCGCAUCUUGCAGUGCAUCUAUGCGGUGGGCUUCAUGGACUUGUUUGGGGUGAGCAUGAUCAUCCCUUUGCUGAGCCAUCAUGUGAAGUCUCUUGGGGCCGGCCCCACCGUGGCGGGUAUUGUGGGGUCGACGUAUGGGGUCUUACAGCUGUUCUCCAGCACCGUGGUCGGCAGCUGGAGCGACGUGGUGGGGCGGCGGUACUCUCUGCUCACCUGUCUGCUGCUGAGCGCUUUUGGCUACGGCCUGCUGGGGACGUCCACCAGCAUCGGCCUGUUCGUCCUCGCUCGGAUCCCUGUGGGGCUGUUCAAGCACUCCUUAUCCAUAUGCAGAGCCCUGCUGUCUGACAUGGUGUCCGAGUCAGAGCGCCCUCUUGUGAUGGGACACUUCAAUGCCGCCUCCAGUGUGGGCUUCAUCCUGGGCCCGGUGGUCGGGGGCUACCUCACCGAGCACGAAGGCGGCUUCUACACUUCCUCGUUUACCUGUGCGGCCAUCUUCCUCCUCAAUGCUGGGCUGGUGUGGAUGCUACCCUGGAGCGAGAUCCUAUCUUACCGCAUCGACGCCAACUCCAACAGAAGCAGCAGUAAAAUUUGCCACAUCAACAACAUCAAGAACUCCACGUACCACAACUUCUCCAAUGGAAACGGCCACCACCACCCGGGAUCGGGGUCGGCAUCAGCAUCGAAAUCCUCGGCAAGGCAACAGGGAGGUCUCGGGUGGAGGGAGGUGUCUUUAUUCCAGUCUGCCUGGAAACAGCUGUCGUCGAUCAGCUCCAAGAUCCACACGGUGGCCUCCUCUGACAUGUGGGACCUCUUCCUGGUGCGUCUGCUCAUGGCCGUCGCCAUCAUGCUGUACUACAGUAACUUCUCCCUGGCCAUGGAGGAGCGUUUCUCCCUUCGGCCCAAAGUGACGGGCUAUCUGUUCAGCUACAGCAGCACGCUUGGGGCCCUGGCCGGGUUCCUGGUCGGGCCGGUCACCCAGCUGUAUGGGAACAACAUGCCCGCCCUGCUGCUUCACUCCACGGUGCUCACCUGCUCCCUCAUCCUGCUGUACACAGUGGCAGCCAGUGUGUGGCACGUGCUGCUCAGUUCCACCUUCUUCGCCAUCUCCACCACCAUUGGACGCACCUGCAUCACCGACCUGGAGCUGCAAAGGGGAGGGUUCCAGGCCAGUGGGACCCUCAUUGGAGCUGGGCAGUCCGUGACCGCCGUGGGCCGGGUCCUGGCACCGCUCCUCUCUGGUCUGGCACAGGAGUUCAGCCCCUGCGGGCCCCCGAGUCUGGGUGUGCUCUUGGCUCUGUCUGCUGUGGGCUUACUCCUCAUGAGGAUCCCUAAAUGGGAUAAGAGAGGGAAGGUGAAAAUGACCUGA